AGAUUGGAACAAUUGAAGCAGCAGUCAGGACUGGAGCAGCUCAGACAAGACAAAGGAAGAAAAAACAAUGCCGCUUUUAUCUGUAAUGCCUACUUGCAACAAUUCUCAUUCUAUCCCAACAAGGGUAGUUAAGUCAUACUGGAAGGAAGAUAAAAAGGCAGUCCCAGAAAAGCACAAACAAGAAGUCAAAUUUCUCAGGAGCUUGGCUCCCCCUCUAAUGGCUGCACUUGUGGCAUUAUUACCUCUCUGCAACCCACCGGUAUCAUUUGGACAGUUUAUUGAUGCUCAAAGAGGAUCAACACUUUUUCGUCAAGCUUGCAUUGGAUGUCAUGAUGGGGGUGGAAACAUAGUUCAACCUGGUGCAACACUCUUUUUACAAGAUCUACAAAGAAAUGGCAUUGACACAGAAGAGGAGAUAUAUCGGAUCACAUAUUAUGGAAAUAGAAGAAUGCCAGGCUUUGGGGAAAAUUGCACACCAAGGGGCCAAUGUACAUUUGGGCCUCGAUUGCAGGAUGAGGAAAUCAAACUUUUGGCAGAGUUUGUGAAGCUACAAGCUGAUCAAGGGUGGCCAAAAAUUGAAAGUUAUGGAAAUUGAUUCCAAUAAUA